CUCACCGCCAUGUCGCGUUUUAUUCGAGCAUCUAAGUAUCGGCAUGUGUACGGCCAGGGAACAGCGAAGAAGGAACUCAUCAUCGAGAAUGUCAAGGUCACGAACAACGCCUGGGACACGAACAUCGUCGCCGCGUCCGGGCAGUAUCUGAGCAUCAACUGGAACGCGAGCGGCGGCGGUGCCUUUGCAAUUGUCCCCCUCCCCUCUCCCUUCGGCACGAUCCCCAACUUCCCGAACAAGCUUCCCGACACGCUCCCCCUCGCCCGCUCGCACACAGCCCCCGUGCUCGAUACCGACUGGUCCCCUCACAACGACUCAGUCGUCGCGUCUGGCGGUGACGAUGGCAGGCUCUGCGUCUGGAAGGUCGACGCCGCCGACUUCGAGGGCUGGGGCGCCGAAGGCUGGGUCCCGCGCGACUUCGAUCCCGUCGCGCGCAUCGACGCGUCCGCGAAGAAGGUCGGCCAGGUCCUCUGGCACCCAACCGCGCAGAACGUGCUCGCAUCCGCGUCCGGCGAGCACCUCGUCAAGCUCUGGGACCUCGGCGCGCCCGAAUCACCCCGAUCCACGCUCGCCGGGCACGGCGACGCGAUCCAAAGCCUGAGCUUCAACGCGUCCGGCACGCUGCUCGCGACCACCUGCCGCGACCGCAAGCUGCGCAUCUUCGAUCCGCGCGCAGGGCCCGAGCCCGUACGCGUUACUGACGGGCACGGCGGCAUCAAGGGCAGCCGCGUUGUCUGGAUGGGGGAGAUGGACCGCAUCGCGACUACCGGCUUCUCCAAGAUGAGCGAUCGGCAGGUCGCGCUUUGGGAGACGGGCUCGCUCAAGAACCUGAAGACGAUGGUGCUCGAUCAGUCCAGCGGCGUCAUCAUGCCCUUCUGGUCCGACAACAACAUCCUUUUCCUUGCUGGCAAGGGCGACGGAAACAUCCGCUAUUACGAGUAUGAGAACGACGCGCUGUACGCGCUCGACGAGUUCAAGUCCUCCGAACCUCAACGCGGCAUGGCUUUCCUUCCCCGCCGCGCCCUCAACGUCGCCGAGUGCGAGAUCGCGCGCGCGUACAAGGUUCACGGCAACUCCAUCGAACCCAUCCCCUUCCGCGUCCCUCGCAAGGCCGACUCUUUCCAAUCCGACAUCUACCCGCCAGCGCUCUCGACCGAGCCCGCGCUCACCGCUGCUGAGUUCUUUGCGGGCAAGACCGUUCCUCCUAAGCUGGUCGACCUCGCUAGCGGCACAAGUUUCACGUCGCCUGUGACACCCGGGUCCAUCCCGCCAACCCCGGCAUCUGCUGCGCCACCGCCUGCCGCUGCCGCUCCCGCCCCGACACCGACGCGCACGUUCACGGCGCCUGCGCCUGAGCCUGCUGCUGCUCCCGAGCCCGCACCAGCUCCUCGCGCGGAGUCAGCUCCUGCGCCUGCGCCGACGCGCGCUGAAUCUUCCAAGGAGCUCUCGCAUCUCAAGGAGGAGAACGCGACGCUCACAGCUGAGCUGCGCGAGGCACGCGAGAAGAUCCGCAACCUCGAGCUCCAACUCGAGACGCACAAGGCGAAUGCGCGGAAGGCGGCGGCGGCCUUGUUGGACGCGUAGGGCAACUGCUAGCUCUCCUUCUGAGGAUGCAGUCCAUUGUGUGAGAUGAAAUUGACCUGGGUGUAAGGAUGUUGUAGCAUGGAAGGACGGAUCAUAGAAUGCAUGGACUGCUACGAUAGACGUGUACAAUGGCGUACAUGUACAUACGCGCAGCUGUACGCUUUGAUAACCCAAAAACUUGACUGCUGGUUUCAUUUCCUC